UUGCAAAUUAAAUUCCCCAACUCCAACUUUUAAUCAAAUUUUGCUAAUAGAUUUCGACUGCUAUUUCUUUAUCAGUAUUAUUAGCGAGUCUACUGAAAUAAUAAUGGGGUUGCCCUGGCCAAGUUUUAUCCUUACCAUUUCAGAUCCCGUACCAGUAUUGUAAAUUAUCAGCUAAAUUUUAUUGAAGCCUAAUCAAAAUCUCUAGCUGAAGAUUUUUACUCAGCCAAAGAUAAAAAUAUAUAAUCAAUUCUUAAGGCCCAAUUAGAGCCUUGGUUACAUCUCUUAUUUCGUCUUCGUGCUGUCGUUAAUCAAAUUUGGCAUCUAGCGAAAACUGAAGACAGAACCUGCAAUUUUACAAUUCGUUUAUACCCUCAUUUUUUUGGUAUGUAAGCAAAAAAACAUACCAGUGGUUGGCGUUUUAAGCAUGCUAUGUUAACUACCUGGUACGUAGCAGUUCCAUUAUCGAAAUGAGUUUUCUUACCAACUUGGAAAACUUGAAAAGAGUCCCCUCAAAAAAUUUAGUCUUACCAUUCAAUUUCAGCUUGUAUUGCUUGUGUUGAUCAAAUCACAUUAUUUAAUUUGUCUAUCUUAAGCACAAUCUGCAUUUUUUAAUUUGAGAGCACAAAAUUUUAACCAAUCAUUUAUCUGCUAAUAUUCUGCUUCGAAUCAAUUUUGCAGAUGAGCAUAAAAACAAUCGACGUCAAUCAAAUACAAAGGUUAAAUUUAAUUUUUAGAUUGUACAUUUAAUAUUAGCAAAUUGCAUUUUUUGAACUUUUUUGUUCGAAUUUUUGAGAAUCGGCUGUUAAGUGAUCGUCGAUUCGAAAAAGAUGUUCGUUUUAGUUGGUCACUUUAAGUUGACCUUUUACGCUUCAGCUUUUCAAAUAUUCUUGUUAGCUUUGCUUAAUUGUGCGGCCGAUUUUCCUCUACAUGACGACGGAGAAGGUGAUCUUAAUUCAGUGCCUGGAAAUCGGGAUCCCAGCAAGUGUGUGUUUGGAACGGAGGAGUUCUCAGUCGGGGAUGUGUGGCACCCUACCCUCGAAAUAUUCAACAGACCAACAUACAUGCCAUGUGUAACCUGCACUUGCUACCAGGCUGAAAUGUUUGGCUACUACUUCUACGAGAGUGAUCUAUUGCCCAAGGUCUCUUGUGAACAGAUAGGGGAUAAGUGUCCCCCUCUAGACUGCGAAUAUCCGAUCUCGGACCCAAAAAAGUGCUGCAAAUACUGUCCAGAAGAAGAUAAAAAAGACAGCUUUAUAAACCCGUUCUCGAAAGAAGAUUCGUCCAAAAAAGGAAUGCUGCGAGACGGGGAUGAUGAAAAGAAUGAAAAAGAGAACCCACAGGAAGUGGAGAACAAAUUUCUUUCUCUCGAAGAGGACUUCAAUUACUUCACUGCAAUCCUGAGUGGCAACAAUUUCUGGCCAAGAAGGCAAACAGGCGCAGUUAGCCGAAUCUACUUGGAGUACAUUCCAGAAAGCCAAACUGUUCACAUCUCGAUCAUUCACAAACAGAUGUCAGGAAGACCUACGUUCUUAGAGGUCACUGACCCCAACAACCCCGAUCAAGCCCUGUUCACACAUAAAAUUGAUCACGUGGUCGAUUUAGCCCCUGGACGUAGGAUUUGUGUAACGUGGAAAGACGUGGAGUUUAAAAUAAUGGAAAAGAUGUCAUCUAAUCUGCUGUUUGCGACCUUGAAAACUGAAGUGUAUCCUGACGGUGAAGUUAAGGGAGUCAUUACUAAACAUCGAGCACUGCUCCGUGAGUCGUUUGGAGCCCUGUUGAGUCCGAUUAGUGACCCUGGAAUGAGUACUGGGGGCUUCGUGUUUGCCAGUCUCCACCAUGGAUCCAAGACGUCCCUGGAUAUCAUAGUGGCUCUUCAGGGACUGUCUGACUAUUUCUUACAAGAUACAGCCCUGGAGGUGCGUCUCUACGACUCAUCAGACGAUCUGAUUGGUCAGUUCUCAGACACCAUCAACCCAGUGACGUCACAAUCGUGGGCUGAGCAGGCGGUCACGUGGUCUAUCUCUGGCGAGAGUGAGUUAGUCAGAGGACUGCUGAAAGUAAAGGUUCUUGUUGGUGACAAGGGAACCCAACAACUCAGUCUAGUCGGAAGUCUUCAGCCUAAAAAAACUUGUGGAAGUUUCCACUGUGUGUUAUCACAAGGCACACCCAGUCGCCACAUUCCCAAAGGAGCCUCGGGGUCAACUCUCGUGACCUUUGAAUCCAACUUUGACCUAAGCUACCAAAUUCACACUUCGGGUCUCAAAGACUAUGUCAAUCAAGUAGCGUUUGUGGCCGGAAUCGACAAAGAAUCCGAAUUCGAUUUGAAAUUAGACGUGUCGUACACCUAUUUCGAUCAAUGGGCCGUCGGCUUCGUGACCACUCCUUCAGUUGAACUAAUUCAAUCCUUGAUGAUCGGCGAGUUAUAUCUUCAGAUUUCAACAUCAUUGGACACUUAUGCUCUUUAUGGAAAACUCGAACCUUUGCAUUACUCAAAACACUUCUCGAACAAGAACAUUCCGCCACUUCUGUUGUCUGGUAAAGCCAUGCUUCCCAGAAUCGAAACACGAGCUUCAGGGAACGCUCGAGUUCAUUUAGACGACAGAUGUCGGCUUCAAUUCGAAGUUUUCACAGAUGGGUUUGAGAAAGAUGCUCGACUUUCUCUCCAGAUUGGACAACUGUUAUCUGAGAAGCUUCUGAAACCGGUCUGGUCGGAGAACUUCUCGUCUGGCACUAUAUCGGGAUCCGUAGAUGAGUUGUCGGAGGAGUUUCUGGAUUAUCUGAAUGUGGGCCAAGUGUACAUGCAAGUGGGAUCCAAAAAUCACCCGGAAGGGGAAAUCCGAACUAAGGUCUCAAUCUCGAAUUCAUGCAAACCGAAAAGCUCCGAAGGUCAUCUGAGUUCGGCGAUGAUGGGUGACUCUGGCUCCUAUGACUCUAAAGACAAAGAAGAAGAGAAGAGAAAUAGUAAGAGUGAACAAGAGAGACUCGCGGGUGACUCCUCCAGCUGUUUCUUCGAAGGACAGUUCUAUGCAGACUUGCAACAGUGGAAUCCACAGUUCGACAAGACAUGCACCUCAUGCCACUGCGCGAAUCGUGCCGUCAUUUGCGAAGGACGCUACCAGUGCGAAGUGCCCACAUGUGAGAAUCCUAUCAUACCCGAAGGAGAAUGCUGCUUUAAGUGUCCCGAAAACGACUUCAACUCAAUCCAAAAUCAAAAUCCUACACCUGAAGAUGCGACAUGUAAACAUAACGGGGUUAUUUAUGCUGUGGGAGAGACAUGGAACCCGACAGUUCAUCCGUUCGGUGUGAUCAAAUGCGCCGAGUGUGUUUGUCUCGGUAAGAACGACGUGAGCUGCAACCGAAUUGAGUGUCCGAAGACGGAAUGCAGCCACCCGGUUAAGAAAAACCCCACUGAUUGCUGCGCUGUUUGCAUCGAGGAGGGCGAGGAUGAAAAACCGAGUCCUCCGAAGAGUUACGAGGGUUCGGAAGAUCUGGAAAGUUCAAUGCAGGCUGACGGAGGGUUCAAAGCGUCCAUGAAAAAGAAGGGAAAACCAUGUCAGUUGGGAGACUUCCUGUACUCCAAUGGGGAAGUGUUUCACCCGAUUGUGCCCCCCUUUGGGGAGCAGUGGUGUGUGGACUGUCUCUGCACUGACGGCAAGACUACUUGUUCACGCACCACCUGUGACCCCAUAGACAACUGCCCCCCUCAAUUCAUCCGCACAUUCCCCGACCAGUGCUGUCCCAAGUGCAUGAGUCUUCAAAUUGACGGUGACAAGACCUCGUAUGCCGAUUUCGUCCUAGGAAGUUAGAAGAUCCAACAAUGUUAAAGAAGAGCAUUUUGAAACUCUAUUUUUGAAAUUUUUAAAUGAUAAUUCGUUAAUGAGUAGAGUAUUU